UCGCUGGGGUUCGGCGGCAGCCAUGUCCGAGACGGAGUCAUCGGCGGCGGCGGCGGCGGCGGCGGAGGGGAGGAAGCCCAGGAGGCUGAGGGGGCACAGGAAGGGCGCCGUCACCUGCUGCGUCGCGUCAUGCUCCCGCCCGGGCGUCGUGGCCUCCUCCGGCGAGGAUGGUUGUAUUUGCUGGUUUGAUUUGCGUACGAAGAAUGUGCUUUUCACCAUGGAGGCAACAAAUCAACCAAUUUCUUCAGUGUGUUUCAAAGCAGGAAAUGAAGAUCUUGUAUAUGCCUCUGCUGGAAAUGAAAUUUUGUCUUUCGAUGUUCGAAUGGGACCUCAAGCAGAGCCAUUGGAGAAAUAUAACUACAAUAGAGAUGAAAUCAAUCAGAUUGCUGUGAGCUCUAAAGGUUUUCUUGCUGCUGCAGAUGAUAGUGGGGAUGUUAAGAUUAUCAAUACCAUUCAAAAAUGCAUGUACAAAAGAUUGAGGGAAGCUCACACAAGUAUAUGCAGCAGUGUACAAUUCAUUCCUUGGAAACCUUGGACAGCCAUUACUGGAGGCCUUGAUUCAAAGCUUGCUGUGUGGGAUUUCUCCAAAGGGCGAACACUGUUUUCUAUUGAUUAUGGAUCACCUGAAAUGCAGAAUGGAAGCUCAGGUACUGGCCAAUGUUUCAACCCUCCUUUUGUUCACUCAAUAGCAGUUUCUGAAGAGGGCAUCUUGGGAGGUUUGUACAAAGUGUGCGCUGUUGCAAGAGGAGAUGGUGCUGUUGAUGUGGUUAAUCUAGAAUAUGAACUUGCCCCUGCGAAAUCAAAAGGGCUUCCUCGGAUGGCAGAUUUGAGUUUAAGCUCGAAAAGAACUGAUAUAGGAGAUGGAUGUGCUAGUCAAAGUCAAGGGAAAAGGAUCCAUCUUGAUUACACAGUGGGUGGCCAUACAUCAUCUGUUUCUUGUGUUACAUUUUCGGUAUUUGGUGAGAAGGGGAAGUUCCUUGUUUCCGGUGGCAAUGAUUCGUCGGUUAAAUUAUGGGAUUGGUCCAAAGGGUUCUCCUCUGAAACAAAUAGCAAUGGUGAAUUGGUUUUGAAUAUGAAUGUUAGUAAAAAGGUGAACUGGUUGUGUACUGCUCCGACUGAUUCAGACAAUCUGAUUGUGUGCGACACAUCCAAGGUGCUCAAAGUUUAUAAUCUACCUUAGGGGGGAAUGUGCGGCAUUAUCUCAUGAACAAUUUCUUGGGACAUUUAGCACAAAAGUGUCUCCCCAACCAUCAGUGUCAGCUUGGUCCUGACUAGUCUGGUGAUGAAGCUAGGCCACCGCUGCUAGUUGUGUGAAGUGAGAAUUCUAGAUUUUUACUACCUCUAGUUUUGAAUAUAUGACAUUUAGGACAACCAGAUUGACUUGAAUGUAGUUACAUUUUCCUGUCCUAAACGUCAUAUUAUAAUGAUUGGAGGGGGUAGUACGAUGAAAUGAGCAUAUGAUUUGUAAGAGUGCGUGUUUGUGUGCUAGCAACCAGUUUUUACGUACUAACGGCGAAAUGUCCAUUUAUGUUUUGUGUUGUUUUAGCUGUUCGUUCUUGCAACAACAUUCCCACAAUGAUGUAGCAUGCCAUCUUCAAUUC